AUGCCCGACCUACGCCUACGGGCCACUCGUGCAGGUAGCCGACCCCUGCUGGCCGAAGCCAUUGCAGGCUCAGGCUUCGUCCGCCUGGCUCCGGGGGCGGCCCGCGGGCGCCAUGGUGGCCAUCGAGAUGCGGGAGGGGCACCAGGGCAGUGCGGCCUGGAGCGAGGCGCCCGCAGCGUCUGUGGUCAGCACGCCUGCAGUGCGCGUGGUCAGCUGUGGGGGGACCUCCGUCCGGAUCGAGCACGGGGAGGAUCCCGAGGAUUCCUCCCCGCCCGUGUCGCUCCAGAGCCUGGAGCAGAAGCUCCCUCGGCUGCUGUGCGGGGCGGGGGCUGCAGUUGUUCUCGUCGCGGUGGCGGAUCUUGCUUAUCAUCGGCUGGUUGUUGUCAGGCACCUGGGAUGAGAAGGACGAGUUCACCUCUGAUAAUUGUCGUGAAUAAGGUUUGCGAAUCCCGGAAAUUGGAGAGCGGAAUGAGCGGUUAUUUGAUCGAGUUCAUCAAACAGUUUGAGAAGGUGUGCAGCGUCAGACACCAGAAAUUGUGGGCUUUCGAGUCCACAAGCGACCCGCCUGGGUUUUUGCUGAAGGCCCAGGGGCCCAUGAAGCACGACGUUCUUUUCAAGACCAUCACUGAGGAGGAGAAGGAUGAUUGGAAUACUUUUUGGCUCAGGGACAAACUCGAUGCUUUCAAGCAGUGGAGCUACGUUAUUCCCUUGGCAGCAACGGUUGACGUGGAUGGCCAGGCUUGGGGUGUCGAGCCCAGCUCGUAUUUGCACAACGCGGGCAUGAGGGGUAAGAACUUCAGCAUCACUGGAGACCCUUCCCAGGACACCGCAUGGCUCGCUGACCACCCGAACGCGCUCCGCGUCUCGAUGGAGCGCUGGGAGAAGAUGACCAUCCGCCUUUCCGAGGACGUCGAGCAGAUGCUGAAGUACUCGAAGUCGUCGUACAAGAUGCGGGUUACGGUUCUCGACGCCGCGGAGGUGGAAGAGACAAGCCCGCUCGGCAAGCACACGUGGCGGGCCCGCGGCGGCAACGGGCACGGCGUGGGCCUCCUCCUCGGUGGCGUCACGGACUACCUGGGAUCGCUGCGGGGCCCGAGCUCGGACGCUGUGCGCGCGUGCCGCUUCUUCCUGUUCAUCACGACGAGGGUGGCCGUUCCGUGCAAAUCAUGGUCGCACGACGAGAGCCAGCCUCAGCACUGCGUCACGGACUUCGGCCCCAUCUUCGAGGACGUGCUGGGCAAGCUGGUCUCCGAGGCCGACCUUGCCGCGGCGUUCGCCAGGGCCAGGCUGGACGGCGACAUGGUCGGGGCGGUCUGCGAGGCCCUCGAGGGGAGCGCCGCAGGCGAGAGCCCCUUCCUGCGGCUUGAGGCGGGCCUCUUGGAGCACACUGCCGAGCAGCUCGAGGCUGGCGCCGCGUGCGCUGGUGAGGAGUUUCGCGCCCCAGAGCACUGCAGGGGCGCCUUCGCGGGGUACGAGGGCCAGCAGAGAGUGGGCUGCGUGACCGACGUUGUCCUGUUCGAGGACAUCUCAGGGCCCCCUGGUGCUCGUGGAACGACGAGAUGCCCGCCGAUGUCGACUGGGACGGGCCCUGGAGCUUCUGCGUGGCGUGCCGGGGCGCCCCUGGGCCGGCGCCGUCGGUGCCCGAGUCCGUCACGGCCCUCUGCAGCGCCGGCGUGGAGAGCGGGUUCCCGGGCCUGGACCAGAGGCCCUUGCGGGAGACCCUUGGCCAGCUCGGGGACCUCUGCCGGAGCACCGCCAGGAGGCCCGCGGCCUGGAGCGUCCCGAGCACCCGGCGCACCACGCAGAGGCUCGUGGUGA